AGAGAGAGAGAGAAGGGAACACAGAGAGAGAGAGAGAGAAGAGGAGAGUUUGCACUGUGUGAAGCAGUAGUUCAGUGACUGACACUAUCACCAUUUUCCCGCUGACGAUCCCGGGAUCAGCGUUGGGGGGAAACCCGGGAGUGGGAAGGACUGAGAUUCCCUCCGCAAACAGCCCAUCCCCUCCCCCUCAGCCCCGGAGGCUCGGGGAUAUGAAUUCUACCGGGAGACCCUGCAUGCAAUCCAGUAAGAACAUCUCAUAGGUGAGAUCCGAGCCAUGGAUCAGGAUGAGUUCCCGCCCCCACCUCCUGAAGUGCUGGAAAAUGAUUAUGCUGACGAUGAAGAAGAGGGUAAAUUGUUUGACUUUGACAGUGAUGAGGUCCCGGAGGCAGACAGGCAAGCCAGCUCCGAUUCCACAACUGGCUACAUCAAUGAGACCAAACCCACCUCUGUACCAAGCACUACACAGAAAAACACUGCUCUGGAAGCGCAGUCUCAGAACAAUGGAUAUUGUGACGUAUCGGAAACCGUCAACGGGACUUUGCACAGAAAUGAUUCCCAUCACAACACUGAUACGAUGGCACAAGAAGAAGGUGCAACCACCAGCCUGUCCCCUCAAACAGAGAAGUCGUCUGAUGCCGAACCACCAGCUAAAGCCAACCCAUACUCGGUCAUAAACAUCACGCCACUGCAGAGAGCCGAUCAAUCUCCAGGAGCAGAGCAGAGUAACCAGGACAACGGGCCAAGUAGCCCUGUAGUACCCACUGGAUACUGUGUGCCAGCUGCCUGCAGUUAUGCUGUACCAUCCAAUGUGCCAAUGCUGAUUCCGACUUAUUCUGCGCCUGUUCCUAUAAUAAGGAACAUUUCUGUUGAUGAGGAAGCAUCCUAUAGAGGCAAGAAUUGUCACGGUGAUCCUACCCAGCCAGACAGUCAGCAAGUUGGUGAAGAUAACAUUGGUUUGGAAGAAGGAGAUGCCUUUACGAGAUGGGCUUCAGACCCUGCCAAUACAGCUUGGCUGGAAGGUCAGGAUGAAGUCAUUUAUGAUGACGUACCAAGGGAAAAUUCAGAUGCGUCCAUAACAGACCCAGAGGAGCUGAUCUAUGAUGAUGUAGAACAUGGAGACGAGGCUGCAACAAGUUCCUUGGACUACGGCUGGAGCUCCAGUGAGUUUGAGAGCUACGAUGAGCAAAGUGACACAGAUUUGAAAAACGAGAAUGGAUUCCCUAACUCUUUCCUGCAAGGCAAAUCCCAUAAGAAUAAGAGACAACUUUCCCAGGACCUGGGUCGUUUAAAAGAACACUAUGAGAAGAAGAUGAAGGAACUGGCAAACGCAGUCGGCGGUGUGGAACUGCAGCAACUGAAACAAAAGCAGGAGUGGAAGAUGCAGCAGUUAAUGAAGGCUGCAAGGGAAGGCACUAAAGAUGGAUUAGAAAAGACGAAAGCCGCGGUUCUUAAGAGGGGACGUUCAUUUAUUAGACACAGAUAUCACGAGCAAAGGGCUGGCUACCUGGAAGAAGAGGAACAGAAUUUAUUUAUCGACGUGGAGUGCAAUCAAAUUGAACCAGUAAUGACACCGAUGCCUGAGGGGUUAACCCAGCAACAGGUUGUCAGAAGAUACAUUCUCGGGUCAAUUGUGGAAAGCGAGAAGAAUUACGUGGAUGCCUUAAAACGGAUAUUAGAGCAAUACAAGAAACCUCUGUCAGAGAUGGACCCGAAGCUGUUAAGUGAGAGGAAACUGAAGAUGGUGUUUUACCGAAUCAAAGAGAUUCUUCAGUGUCACUGCCUGUUCCAGAUGGCAUUGGCAAGUCGCAUGACUGACUGGGAUUCGGCAGAAAUGAUCGGGGACGUGUUUGUGGCCUCAUUUUCGAAGUCAAUGGUGCUUGAUGCAUACAGUGAAUAUGUGAACAAUUUCAGCACUGCCAUGGGAAUUGUGAAAAAAGUGUGUGCCACCAAGCCUGGCUUCCUGGAGUUUUUGAAACAUUGCCACGAGUCCAGCUCAGAUCGCAUUACGCUGUAUGGGUUAAUGAUGAAGCCAAUUCAACGCUUCCCACAGUUCAUUCUUUUACUUCAGGACAUGCUGAAGAAUACGCCAAAAGGUCACCAGGACAGACUACCUCUUCAGAUGGCACUCACCGAGCUUGAGACGUUAGCCGAGAAGCUAAACGAGCAGAAAAGAGACGCAGACCAACGCUGUGAAAUCAAGCAGAUUGCAAAAGCGAUGAACGAACGUUACCUUAACAAGCUCCUUCACUGCGGCAGUAGAUACCUGUUAAGGUCGGAUGACAUGAUAGAGACUGUUUACAAUGAGAAAGGGGAAAUGGUGAAAACCAAAGAGCGACGUCUGUUUAUGCUGAACGAUGUGUUGAUGUGUGCUACAGUUCACUCUCGAGUCCAACAUGACGGCAGUGUUGUGAUACCCUCGGGCCUGAGGUACCUGUUGAAGUGGAGCGUUCCUCUGAAGCAGGUUGAGGUGGUGGAGUUUGGGAACAGCGAGGACCUGGCGGAGAAGAGCAGAUACCCUCCUCCACAUUCAGGAGAAAAGGUCCUUAUUAGUACAAAACCGAACAAACUAUACAUGGGCCCGGGACAGUUGUACCAGGAUUUACAAAAUCUAAUGCAUGAUUUAAACGUGGUCGGACAGAUUACACAUCUUGUAGGAAACUUGAAAGGAAAUUACCAGAAUUUAAAUCCUGUAGUGAGUCAGGACUGGACAGCCGGACUUCAGAAACUUAUACUUAAAAAGGAAGAGGAAAUCAGAGCAGCAGAUCGCUGCAGAAUCCAACUGCAGCUACCUGGAAAGCUUGACAAUGAGGAAGUCCAAGGACAUGGAAUUGCAGAUCUGGGGCUCAAAAACUAUGAAGGUUUAAAUUCUUCAAAGUUGAUAUCUGGCAAGGCUACGUUCUUCACAGCAGUAUUCAAUACAUUUACUCCAACCAACAAACUCUCCUGGAUGAGUAGUUUACAAAUGGCCAAAUUGGCCCUUGAGGAAGAAAACCAGCUGGGUUGGUUUUGUGCAGAAGACGAUGGAAAACGAGUAAAGCGCCAGAAACAUCCCCUUCUUGUCAGGCACAUGCCUGUCAUGAUGUCAAAAAUCCAGGAGUUUAAGAUUGAGUGUGCGGUUCAUAACCCAGAGUGUAGCAUUACAUCUGAUAACACCCCCAACUCUUUCUCCAUGGGGCACGGAUAUCUGUGGAUUGGGAGUUGCACAAAUCAAAUGGGGCAAAUCACGAUAGUCACACUUCACAACUCCAAUCCAAAGGUUAUUGAAUGUUUUAAUGUGGAGUCUCGUAUCCUUUCCAUGGUGUAUGUCCCAGAUGAAGACAAGCUAGAAGACUCAGAUGUCUUCCACGAUUUAGAAACUAUGAGCACAAAGACUGCUGAAACCCCAACCAUCUGCCUUGGCAUGGAGGAAGGGAGCAUUUUGGUGUACAAGAGUAAUCAAGCCGCCAAGAAAGUCCGACUGCAGCACUUCUUUUCUCCGGAUAAAUCUACUGUUAUGAGCCUCACGUACAAGUCGCGAUGCCUGUACGCUGGACUCGUCAAUGGGAAUAUCUCCAUUUACACAAAAGCAGAUGAUGGAACAUGGAAGUCGGAGUCACCCAAAGUCCUGAAGCUCAGUGACCUGCCAGUGAAGAUCAUGCUUGGAAUGGAAGAAUCCCUCUGGGCAGCUUCUGGAGGGCAGGUUUUCAUCAUCAACACGAGGACUCACACUGUGGAGCAACAGUUUGAAGCUCACCAAGAGGAAGGGAUGGUGAUCUCACACAUGGCUGUGGCUGGAGUUGGCGUCUGGAUCGCCUUCAGUUCCGGAUCUGCUCUGCGCUUGUUUCACACGGAAACACUUGAGCAUCUCCAGGAUGUCAACAUUGCCACUCCAAUUCACAACAUGACAUCAGGACAGCAGCGAGUUUCUGUGACCUGUCUCCUCGUGUGCCAUGGUUUAUUGCUGGUCGGAACUAACCUGGGUAUUAUUGUGGCUCUGCCAGUUCCUAGACUGCAAGGGAUCCCAAAGGUUACAGGAAGGGGGAUGGUAUCGUACCAUGCACACUGCGGGCCGGUCAAAUGCCUCACAAUGGCUGCGGCCAGCUCCACCUUGGCCAACACGAGCGGUUCAGCGACCAGCCUGUCAUCUCCAAUAGAAAGGAGAGAUGGAGAGAGGAGCCAGCCAGAAUGGUCAGGGCCAGCAUCCACAUCCAGCAAAGAGAGAGGGGUUUGGCUUGGGGACUCGUCAGUGACUGUUGUCCAAAACAGCAACCAGCCUUCAUCCUCAGGAUCCCAGACAUCCUCCCAUCAUUCUGGUUCACUGGAACAUGGCCCUGAGGAUAGCACAAUAUAUGAACUCUUGAACGAGCCCAGUCUCUCAAAUAAAGUCAAACACAGUGACAGUGAAAGGACAAAGAAGACGAAGAUGAGUUCAGUUUUGGUCAUCUCGGGAGCGCAGGGGCACAAACGGAUGAACAAGAAGUCCAAACCUCAACGUCAAGAUGAGAGUGUUUCCACCGUCAUGGUUUGGCAGAUUCCAUUGUUAAAUGUAUGAGAAGUCAAAGUCUUCAUCGGAUCCGUUGCUUUCUCGAUCCACUACCUUUUUGAUGCACCUAAUGAGGUGUGCGAGAAAUCUCUAAAUAACCUUUCAUGUUUUGACCAAAGUGUGUUGUAGUUUUGUUACGCCAGCCCAGCAAUACUGUUAAAUAAUGGUAAGAUUUAACAAUUUGUAAACUCUAAACACAUGAUAAAAAGUAGGUCGAAUUCCUGUUUAAAACCCAGUAAUCUGUCCCCUUCUUUCUGGGACGUGAUCUUCGAGCCUUGCCCCCUUCCCUCCCCGCCUUCAAAAAUGCCUUAAGAACAAUAUUUUUUGACCUUGCUUUUUGUUACUUUGUUCCCCUCCCCAGCUUGGGUUCUCAAUCAGCUGUGAGAGGCGCUUUGUGAUGUACACCUGACAUGAGAGGCGUGAUAUAAAUGUACAUUGUUUUUUGUAAAUGUCAGUGAUCUCAUCACCAGCAAGAUCUUAAAGAGCACAAGUCUCCCAAUUAUUGCUUUGUUCUGGAGAAUAUCAGUUUGCAGACAGCAUUCCACAUUCUUCCUUUAGUGCCUGAUGGAAAAGCUGGAUGGAUUUACCAGUAAAACUAAGCCAACAAUGAAACACAUUCAAAACACUUGGAUGGGAAAUGGUUUAGAUCAGCUUUUUAACAGUAAAGCUGAUGGUUCUGUUGGUCCUUUUUUUCAGGGACCAUUGUUUGAUAAUAAUAAUGUUAUUAAUAAUAAUUGUUUGAUACUAGGGUAUUUUCUCACUGAGCAAAAAGUCAAUAGAAGGGGUAAUAGAACUAGUCUUUUAAUAAAGAGUAGCAAGGUUACAGACAGAUUUAUUUGCCUGCCAGACAGAUUGAUGAUUCUAGCAUGGUAGAGGAUGAUACUGGUGUAAACUACUGAAAUCUAUAUUUAAAAAAAAUGGGUGGCAAUUCUUAAAUUUUGAAAAUCAUCCUUUACAAGUAAAGCAGCUAGUUUUUGAAAGGUCUGUUUGUGUUUUGGAUGGGAGAAAAAAAAGUAAAAGAGAAGUAUGUAUGCCGGUUGUGUACACUAGUCAAAGCAUAUUUAAUACUGCUUCGGAGAGUAUACAGUACAGCAGUGUUAUUUCGGAGGUAAGUUGAAGCACAUACUCUGGUACAUGGUACUGAAGUUAAUGUACUAGUAUGGAUCAUUGAUCAUUCCCAGAACUGGUGAAAGCUAUUGUUUAACAGUAAUUGUGUCUCCAGUCACGUACGUUUGCAUACAAGCUAUACAAAAAUAAUCAUGUAUGUUUUAUUUCUGUUUGCAAUGCGUAUGGGGCCUUAUUGGUUAAAAAAUAAAUUUUCAGAUUGGGGUCUAAUUUGUGAUCAUUGCAAAACUGGAUUUGUUACAUCAAUUACAACUUCUGGUUCGUGAUUAUUAGUUUGCAAAACUCAUAGAGAAGAUCACUAAUCCCAAUUCAACAUACUCUGAUGAGAAACAGCUGGUUAGCUUGCUCGGUUAGUUUGUUGUCUUGAGUUCUGCAUUUUCCUGGUGACUAAUUUCAUGACACAUAAAAUACAGCUUGUUCAACAAAUGGUUUACAAAUAUUGCAUUGUUAGACCUCAGUGUGCAUGUAAGCUCACAAUUAUUUUAUGUAUCACCAAGCAGUUCUUAUAAUAAUUUGUUUAUUAUCGGUUGUAAACAGUACACUUUAAAUGAAAUAAAAGUGGAAUACUUUGGAUA